UCAAACUCUAGGAUUCCCCUACACAUUUUUUUUCCGCUCUCUCUUUUUUCUUCCCAUGUCUCGGAGAAAGGGUGGGUUUGUGUCCUGAACAAGCAGAAAGAUAAAGCGUCAGAAAAGAAAUAAAGACGGUUUCAGACUCGGUGAAAUGAGAGCUGAAAACUUCUUCAACACAACCAUGACUUGUUUUUUCAGUAAACGACUCCAAAAUCAUCGUCAUGAAAGUUAGGAGGAAUGUGGAGAACUUCACCUUUAAGGACUGUUUUUUCUUCCCGAAGAUAUGAUGGAAGGAGAAAAAGAACGCCAGUUGCAGCAACAGGAGGAGAAAGAGAGCAACGAGGCAGAAGAUGAUCUGAGGAGUGACGAUGACGAAGAGGAGGAUGGAAACUCUGAGAGGGCGGUGCUGGUCUGGCAGGAAGGCUACGACACAGACAAUCUGGGUCUUCCCAUCAUGCACUGGGAGGCACUGAGCCUGCACAUCGCUGAACUGGAGAAGCAGGAGGAGGAGAAAAGGUUAAAGCAGGCUGUAACACAUGGCUCUGCUGCAGCCUCUUUGGAGCGGAUCAGAAGCCCCCUGAGCCGGACUGAGGACAGAAAGAAGAGAACGGAGAGUUGGGAGGAUGGCAGUGAUGCCUGCAACAGCCACGUGUUGGCUCUCACGUCCCGUCUACAGACACAGAUGAAUCUCCAGCUUUGCUUUAUCAACAAUAGUGAAAGUGAGGGUGAAGAAGAAGAUGGGGAAGAAAAGAAAGGGGGCGCAUGCAACAAGAAGAGCAACACUUCAUCGAAAGGGACUUCUCACCUACAGAACAACCCCCAUCAUCAGGUCAAGUCUGAGAAACCAAAGUCAAGAGGCUUCAGGAGCGCUUUGAGGAACCUCCGAGACCGACUGAGCACAGACCACAAAACUCCGCCUGCAACUGGAAGAGAACCUCUGGUGCAGAGGAAGCAUCUUGAGCUUGAUGAGCUGCAGACUUUCCGUGUGAAGGAGUUGAAUGAACUCUGUGCGUCUCUCAGCAAGGACAUUCAAGACAGAAGCUCGGAACUGGUGAGUCGGCUCCACAUCCGAGACCAGCUGAGGACUGAGCAGGAUGCCAAGUUACUGGAGGUUCAGGACCUCAUGGCCCUGUAAGGACAUCAGUGGAUGAGCUUCACUAAAAUAUUUCAACAAGUGCUGCAGGUCAGAGAACCGGACAUCCCCCUUUCCUGCCCGCUACUAAAUCUAGCUGAGCUUUACUAAAACAUUUCAGCAAGUAUUACGGCUCAGUCUGUUCUCUUCAGCGAUGAUCUCACUGGACUAUGAUUGUUGGAAAAUCAAAAUUGUGAGAAAAUUCACAAAUUUUCAACUGUAGUCUCUCUGAAAUAGUCUUUGUGGCCUGCAAGCUGUGCAGCUAAGUUUUGCAAGAAUUGUUCUUAAAAAUCACAGCUUAUUAUUGCAUGCAUGUUUUGUAAAACUACGUUCAAGGCUGUGCACAUUAUUUUAGUGUCUGCUUCCCCACAUCAUGCCCACUUUGUACCCACCAUAGCAGCUGCCCCCACAUUUGUGAUUUAAUCUGCAGUGGUUAUUUAAGAAAAUAAUUUUAAGAAACAUUCAUACUGGGUUCAUUGAUUGGUAACUCUUAAUUGUUUAAAGACGUGGGUGAGACUUUGAAUGGUAGUUUGUCUCUGUGUCCAUGUGAUGGACUGAAGACCUUUCCAGGAUGUACCCAGUCUCUCACUCAGUGACUGCUGGACAUAAGUACCAGCUUCCCAUAGACUCUGCAUGGAAAAGUGGGUAAAGCAGACGGUUGGCUCUUCAGUGUAUCAAUGAAUCAGGUUUCUUUCURAAUAUCUAGAUGGCUUUUUGCACUGUAAGGUCCAGCCUAGGUUCAAAUUGGGGUUCACCCUUGUGGCCCAAUUCCAGCCAAAUUUCUGGUACCCCAAGACCUGUGGUUCUAUUCAGGUCAAGCUGCUCGGCCCGAUUUGAUGAUGAAAUAAGAUUUGGUUGUUUUUAAUAUGAUAAUGCCACCCACAUCUGCUAAAAGCAAACACAAUCAGGCCUGGGGUAAGGAGGAUGAGCGGAGCUGGGUCGGCCUUACAAUUGAAAAGCAAAACAAAACCUGUCUACAGGUGGACAUUGGACACAGGUGGGAUGCUCAUGUUAAAAAUCUUUGUUCCAUGUGGAGGCUUAGAGUAUCUGGUACAGACUGUAAAAUUCAGAUUUUGAACAGUGUGACCUACAGAUAUGGAUUGUCAGCCUGUCUGUUGAACUGAAAUUUAAAGCUUAUUUGGGAUAAAGAGACCUCUAUCUUGAUCCAGUGCUUCCCUUAAGUUUCAGGGCCUAGGGUCAAUAAUUAAAGUUUGUUUUGCUUCAAUAACAGCAAUAAAUUUAACAUUUGAUGAACGAGUAGAAUAACAACAAAACAUUUUUUUACUAAGUUUUCUGUUUUCCUUUUUACUUGGUCGUAACAUUUUGAUUGUCAUUUAAUAAAUGAUCAAAUAUGAAGACCAAAUUUCAGUUUUUACAUUCAUUUUUUAAAUUCUCUUUGUCUAGUUUGUCUGGGUUAUUGCUAAUCUUAUAGUAUUUUUAGCCAAAAAGAAGCCCAUAAUUUGAAAUUUUCAAACAUAAUCCUCACACUGUGAAUGUUUAUUACUUAAAAUGUAUUUACAUAGAUCAAACUCUUAAAGACUGACUCUCAAAGGGUUGUUUUGCCUUUAUAUAAAUUUGUUACAUUAAAAAGGUUGAUGGUUUUUAUURUAACAUUAUAACCUUUGCACAGAAUAAAAUUAAAUAAAUUAGUAGUUUAUUAUAUUUGCCAAGCUAAAAGAUUUUCCCUUAAAAUUACUAUUUCAUUCAAAGGAAUUAUAUUUAAAGGUUUUCUGGUCAUGUAACUAUUUAAAUAAUGUAUUUUUCAUAUUGAUCAUUUAUUGAACUACAUUUAUUAAAGUACAGUUCCAUCGCAGUGUGCAAACAAGCUAUGGGCAUCCAGAAAGCCAAAACCUUGUUUGUAUUGUUCUAAUCUUGUGUAGACUUGAAAUUUGCAGAACUUUAUGAUAAAUUAUAAUCAUCUGAAACUGACUUUCACAAUGAGAAUAUUGUGGAGUGGUAAUUAAGAGUUAAAUGUAGACAUUCCUUUGCUAUAAUCUGUGGGCUUUUAGUGUUAUUGUUUAAUUCUAUAAACUGAAGCAGCAGAAACAGACAAACAGUAUCUUUGUUAGCAGGAGUUUACGCUCACAAAUCAAACAUGUCUGUGCAUAAAUGAUGACACCCUGGAUGCUUAGGAUUUAAUACAAUGUUGCUUUUAGUUAGAAAAGUCCCAAGGAGGUCGGAGGUGUGGUGCUAGAGGAAGGGAUGAGUUUUGAUUAUUUAUCAGCUUUGACAUCUCCCCAGCCACAGGGAGUUGGUCACAUGUGAACACAAACAAACAUUUAGUAACUUAAGAAAUGUACCUAAUUUUUUCUGAAUACCUUCAUUAGGGGACAGGAUGUCCUUGGAUAAUACUGUAGUACGGAAACACUGAGACUGGUAUGUAGAAACGCAUCAAUUACUUAAAUGAUUUACGAGUUCUUGUUUCAUUUGUUGCUAUCAGGAAAGGGAAUCAAAAGCCGAUUUGUAAAUUAAACUAGUUUCUACUAAACAAAUAAGUAAAUAAUAAAGUUUUUUUUUUCAUUUUCAAAUAUUUUUGCAUGUUUCUUAUUUUGUAUGUGUGUAUUGUUAUUAUGGAUGUGCCACAAAUUUCCUUUGAGACAAAUAAAAGUAGAUUUUACCUUUAA